GCCUACAAAUGAAGAUGGCUUCGCAGAGAUUUUGUUUGCGAUGGAAUAACCACCAAAGUAAUCUAUUGUCGGUAUUCGAUCAGCUAUUACAUGCCGAAACAUUUACGGAUGUUACAUUGGCCGUUGACGGUCAAUAUCUUAAAGCACACAAGAUGGUUCUUUCCGCCUGCAGUCCCUAUUUCAAUGCCCUCUUCUUAAAUCAUCCCGAAAAACAUCCCAUUGUCAUUUUAAAAGACGUACCCUAUGCCGACAUGAAAUCUCUAUUGGAUUUUAUGUAUCGCGGUGAAGUUUCUGUCGAUCAGGAACGUUUGACGGCAUUUUUGCGUGUGGCUGAAAGUCUACGCAUCAAAGGUCUCACCGAAGUCAAUGAUGAUAAACCCAGCAAUAAUGAACCCACACCCCAACCGCCACAAUUGCAACGCAUACAACCAUAUGUUGUACAGCAGCAGCAACAACAACAGCGUCAUAAAUCCCACCAAAAUAAUAAUGGUUCCCCUUUGGGUGCCGCCGCCGCCGCGGGCGCCAAUUCCCAAAAAAGCCAACAAGAAUCGCUACUAACAUUGGCAUUAAUGCCCAAACGUAAACGUGGCAAGCCACGUAGGCUAUCGGGUAGUGAUGAUGCUGACUAUGAUGAAUUUGAUGGUGAAAUGGGCAAUGAAGGUGGUAAAAUGUGCAAUGAAUCAUAUUCCGGCAACGAGGAUGCGUCCGAUGAUAAUCAUCGAGAUUCUGGAAAUCAUGAUGAUUUAAAUGAAAGUCGCGACUCCCUCUCCCCCUCAAAGAAAGCUCAAAUGCAACAACACGAUGAUAACAGUACUUCCGAUGGCAAUGACAGUGAUAAUGAUGAACCCAUGGACACAUCAUAUAUGGAACCACAAUUAAUGCUAGAUGAAUACGAUGAACCCGUCGAAUUUAAAUUUGACCCGAAUGCCAACGAUUCCCAGGAAAACAGCAGUAUGUCAAAUAUGUCGCAACAGCAGGCCCGCCAGCAAGCCCUUUUUCUAGCCGCCCAACAGAAACAUCAACAAAAUAUGGUUGAGGCUGCUGCUGCGGCGGCUGCCGGUGGUCUCCAGAUGGCCGGUGUUGCUGGUAUUCAGUUCAAUUCAAUGGUUAGCAUACCGAAAUUGGCACCACUUGUCAAACCUGUCAAGCCAAAGAUUAAUAAACGUGUUAAGUUGAAGCAAAAUGGUGUUGAUGUUAAGCCCUUCGCCAACACAGCCGACUACAUGGAAAUGCUCUCAGCUGGCAACUAUUUGAAUUCCGCCCAAUUACAAAAAAUGAAAUCUGCAUUGAGUGCCAGUACGGGCAGCCUCAACGUUAAUUCCCCACCACCCAAAACCAAAUUGAAUACUUCAUGCAAUUCCAUUAUCGAAGGCGAAGGUGAAGGUUCUGUACGGGAUUAUUGUACCAAAGAGGGUGAACAUACCUAUCGCUGUAAAGUUUGCUCUCGUGUCUAUACGCAUAUUAGCAAUUUCUGUCGCCACUAUGUAACCUCCCACAAGCGUAAUGUCAAAGUCUACCCGUGUCCGUUCUGUUUCAAGGAAUUCACACGAAAGGAUAAUAUGACGGCGCACGUUAAAAUUAUCCAUAAAAUUGAGAAUCCAACAUCGGCAUUGGCCUCAGUGGCGGCGGGUAAUCCCAUACAAUUGCCCGGACAAAUGUCACAGGCUGGGUCGCAGAAUGUGAGCGCCUCGUCAACGCCAACACCACCCGAUUUGAAUGUUCAGACAUCAAAUCAAUCGGGUAGUGGUAUGAGUAGUAGUAUGGCUGGUGCCAAUAUGAAUAUUAUGGGUGGCAUUGCGGCAAGUGUCGGCUUGAAUCCAGCAACACCAACCCAGGGAGGCUUGUCAUCAUCAUCAGCAUCAUCUUCCUCAGUUAGUUCACCACCGGCGGCAGCGAUGGCAACAUCAACACCCACGCCCACACCAACACCGGCAGCAGUGGCGCAGUGA